AUGCUCUAUCCCACCUCGAGACUUUUAUCAUUAAACUCGAGGUUAAUACUCAAGUCAUCCUCUCGCAUCGUAUCGUCUGUUAUCCCUCGCGCAGGCACUCUUCGCGCUCUCUCCACUCUCCCCGCGCGCCCAACUGCGCCCGCCCCUCGUACUCUCUCCGCACGCCGCACCGCGUGCUUCUGCUGCUCCCUCUCCGCCCCCAUGUCCGACGGCAUCUCCGGUGGCGCUGCCGCCUCGACCGGCAACUCGACCGACUACCGCCUCCCCACCAAUGUCGCGCCGACGCACUAUGAGGUCGCGAUCCUGACGGACCUGGCCCACGACGCCUUCGCCGGCGAGGCCCUCAUCCACCUCGACGUCACUGAGGACACCUCGGACAUUGUGUUCAACAUCCACCCCGACCUCAAGGUCACGCACGUGGCUGUCGGUACGACUGAGGCCAAGUCGUCGGCCGCCGUGAACAUCGCCACCUCGAACCUUUCCAUCGACGAGGACCAGGAGCGCGGCACCCUGUCCCUCAAGGACCUGCCUGGCGGUAGUGUCAAGGCCGGUUCCAAGGUGCGCCUCUUCAUGCGCUGGGAGGCCGAGCUCGGCGACAACAUGGUCGGAUACUACCGCUCGGAGGCCGAGGCCGACGACAACGGGAAGAAGCAGACAUACGCGCUUACCCAGUUCGAGCCGACUGCGUGCCGCCGCACGUUCCCGUCGUGGGACGAGCCGCUGCUCAAGGCCAAGUUUACGCUUAGCAUGAUCGCGCGCGAGAAGGAGACCGUGCUCGCCAACAUGCCUGUUGCUUCGACCAAGCCGUGGAAGCCCGCGUCCAACGUCACCGCUGAGCUGGUGCUCAACGACAACUACGAGCUCGGCUCGCUCCUCGCCCGCUCGUACGCCCAGGGCAAGACGGAGGGCAAGACUGAGGGCAAGACUGGGGGCAAGACUGAGGGCAAGACUGAGGGCAAGACUGAGGGCAAGACUGAGGGCAAGACUGAGGGCAAGACUGAGGGCAAGACGGAGGGCAAGACGGAGGGCGCCGCCGCUUCGAAGAUGGAGGGCAAGACAGAAGGCAAGACUGAAGGCAAGACUGAGGGCAAGACGGAGGGCAAGACUGAGGGCAAGACCGAGGGCAAGACCGAGGGCAAGACCGAGGGCAAGACUGAGGCCUCGGCGUCGUCUGGCAACUGGACCAUCACCAAGUUCGAGACCACGCCCCUCGUCUCGACCUACCUCGUCGCGUUCGCGUGCGGCGAGUUUGCUUCGCUCGAGAGCGAGCACAAGUCGAAGCUCACCGGCCAAACUGUCCCACUCAAGAUCUAUGCCACUCCCAACGUCAUCAAGCAGGCGCAGUUCGGCCUUGACAUCAAGAAAUGGGCCCUUCCCGUCUACGAGGAGAUCUUCGACAUCGCCUACCCCCUCCCCAAGCUCGACACCCUCGUUGCGCACGACUUCGACGCCGGUGCGAUGGAGAACUGGGGCCUCAUCACUGGCCGUACCACCGCGUACCUCUACGACCCGGAGAAGUCGUCGCUGUCUGCCAAGAAGCGCGUGGCUACUGUCCAGUGCCACGAGCUCGCCCACAUGUGGUUCGGCGACAUUGUCACCAUGAAGUGGUGGGACAACUUGUGGCUCAACGAGGCGUUCGCGACGCUAAUGGGCGAGUUGGUCAUCCCCGACCGCAUCUGGCCCGAGUGGAAGGUCCGCGCCGAGUUCCUCAACUCGCACUUGAACUCUGCACUUGCUCUCGACUCGCAGCGCUCUUCGCACCCCAUUGAGGUCGAGUGCCCAGACGCCAACAAGAUCAACCAGAUCUUCGACUCGAUCUCGUACUCGAAGGGUGCCUCGGUCCUGCGCAUGUGCAUGAGCGUCGUCGGUGAGGAGAAGUUCCUCAAGGGUGUCUCGAUCUACCUCAAGAAGCACCUCUACGGCAACGCCGAGACCAAGGACCUCUGGGCCGGCAUCUCUGAGGCGUCGGGCCUCGAUGUCGCCAAGAUUAUGGCCAACUGGACUCUGAAGAUCGGCUUCCCCGUCCUCACUGUCGAGGAGCAGGGCGACGGCAAGAUCAAGGUCACCCAGAACCGCUUCCUCUCGACCGGCGACGUCAAGCCCGAGGAGGACGAGACCAUCUGGUGGACUCCUCUCGAGAUCAAGACGUUCAAGGACGGCAAGGCCGAGAUCGACCACUCGGCUGUCCUCGACGCGCGCUCGGGCACCUACAACCUCAAGAACUCGGACGAGUUCAAGCUCAACGGCGACACUGUCGGUGUAUACCGCGUCAACUACUCGCCAGAGCGCCUCUCCAAGCUCGGCAAGCAGGCCGCCAACUUCUCCGUCGAGGACCGUGUGGGCCUUAUCUCGGACGCCGCCACUCUGGCCCGCGCUGGUUACGGCAAGACGUCGGGCUCGCUCAACCUCAUCAACGAGCUCGUUGCGUUUGAGACCGAGAACCUCCCCCUCGCCCAGAUUGGAGGUGCUCUUGGCAAGAUCAGCCAGGCCUGGUGGGAGCAGCCGGAGGACGUGCGGCAGGCCAUCAAGGCGCUCCGCAGGAAGGUGUUCAAGCCUGUUGUCCAGCGUCUCGGCUAUGAGGACGGCGCAGACGACUCGCCUGACACCAAGGAGUUGCGCGCUCUCGCUGUCGGCACGUGCGCGGUUGCCGAGGACGCCGAGGUGCUCGCCGAGCUUCGGUCGCGCUUCGAGCCCUUCUUGCAGAACAACGACGACUCGAAGAUCCCCGCGGACCUCCAAAGGGCCAUCUUUGAGAGCGCUGUUCGCAAUGGCGGCGAGGCCGAGUACAACAAGAUCCGCGCCGUGUACGACAAGCCGCCCAACCCCUCGACUCAGGUCGACGCCAUGUGGGCCCUGUGCGCGGCCAAGGACAAGGCUCUCCUUGACCGUACCUUCGCCAUGCUCGGCGAUGGCUCGAUCAAGCUGCAGAACAUCUACAUCUUCUACGCCGCGCUUGCAUCGAACCCCGAAACACGCCACCGUGUCGCCAGCUUCUUCAUGGACAACUUCAAGUCGCUCGACGACAAGUUCAACGCCUCGUUCGGCCUAUCGCACCUGAUCAAGUUCUCGCUCCAGUACCUCACGACUAAGGAGGAUCUUGCCAAGAUCCAGGCGUUCUUCAAGGACAAGGACACGCGUCGCUUCAAGCUCACCAUCGAACAGGUGUACGAUUCUAUCCAGGCAAGCAUCAACUGGCUCGAGCGCGACCAGGAGGAUGUCAACCAGUGGCUCAAGUCGAACAAGUUCCUGUAA